CAGCUGUGUUGUCUACUCAUUUCUAAUUUUCCUCUCCAUUUUCUUCCAUCUUUUUUUCUCUUUCUAAAAUAUGUACACAACAUUUUCUUCUAAUACUUCACAAAAUUAUUUGUGAAAUAAUUCAAAAAAAUUGUGUAUUUAUCUCUUUUUUUUUCUUUUACUAUGGGUUUAGAAGUGGAGGAAUUAAUUGAAAAGGAGAAAUAUGGUGUAUUAUUUGAUCCAAAAUAAUAAUAAUAAUAAUUGAACUUUCAAUUCAAGAAAAGAAAAUUUGCAUAUCAUCAUGAAGAGAGUUCGUAGCAAUGAUUCAUUGGGUGCACCAUUGAUCUCCAUGUGUCAAAAUACUGCAGAUGAGGAGAAUAAUUGGAACAACCAUGCUUAUUCAAGGGACUUUCAAAUUCAAUCCAUGUUAGAAAGUUUAGAUGAUGAUGAAGCCACCACCUAUGUGGAAGAAUCCGGUGUCGGAUCGGAGAAAAAACGGCGGUUAAGGGUGGAUCAAGUGAAGGCAUUAGAGAAGAAUUUUGAAGUGGAUAACAAACUUGAACCUGAAAGGAAAGUGAAAUUAGCUCAAGAACUAGGCCUUCAGCCGCGACAAGUAGCGAUUUGGUUCCAAAACCGCCGUGCACGGUGGAAAACAAAGCAAUUAGAGAGAGAUUACAAUGUUCUCAAAGCUAAUUUUGAUUCACUUAAACAUAAUUAUGAAUCUAUCCAACAUGACAAUGAAGCUCUAUUGAAAGAGAUAAAUGAGCUAAAAUCAAAGCUACAUGGAGGAAACAGUGAAAUCAAAAUUGCUGUAAAAGAAGAAGCUUUCGAUUCCGAAUCAGAUGACAAAAGAACUGAACAGAGCAACCAAUGCAACAAUUCUAAUACAGAGCUCAACUUUGAUACAAUAAUUAUGAAUCCCUCAAUUAAUUUUACUGAUUUCAAAGAUGGAUCAUCAGAUAGUGAUUCAAGUGCAAUAUUGAACGAAGAUAACGCUGUCAUUUCAUCUGGUGCUUUCUUGAUUAAGUCAGGGUCGGGAUCAGGAUCAUCAUCUCCGGAUUCUAAUUCCUCGUUGAAUUGUUUCCAGUUCUUGGAAUCGAAUGAGGUUAAUUUUAGUUCAUCACAGUUUGUGAAAUUGGAGGAGCAUAAUUUUUUUAAUGGCGAAGAAUCUUGCAGUACACUGUUGUUCACAGAUGAACAAGCUCCAACGCUACAUUGGUAUUGCCCAGAUGAUUGGAAUUGAAAAGACUCUUGUAAAAGAAAUUUUUGUAUAGUUGAAGUUAUGUGGAAAGUAUCGUAAGUGGCAGAGUGAUCUUGCUGUCAUGAAUUAUUGAGAUGUUAGAAAGAUGCGGAAAAAAGAAUAAAGAUGAGGGAGGGGUGGGGUGGGCUGGGGUGAAACUUUUUUUUUGUAAAAUCAUGUGGGUGUACUGUAGGCAGGUUGGGUUGUUGGGGGACGAUAGGAAGUGUGUGAGUUUGGGUAAAAGUUAGCAUUUUGCAUUGUACUUUGAAAUCUUACACAAUUCUGUGUUUGUACUGCUAAAAAAGAGGAGGGGGUGGGGGUGGGGGGUCAAGAGAAUCUAUGAUGAUGAUGAUGAAGAAAAAAGCUUUCCUUGUAAUGGUAAAUAAAGGUGGCUAGCUAAAAGUAUUUCAUGGAUCCCAUUUUUGAAUGAUUUUUAUAACUUUUUAAUAAUAUUUUGGAUGCAUUGGUCACAA